CAACUUUAAAACCCUAGUUUAUCUAAGCCCACCAUCUCUCCCUAUAAGUACCCCAAAAAACCCUAGAAAUCAUCUUCUUCACCGGCUGCCCAUUUGCAAAGAAGCAGAGGAGAUUAGAAACCAGCAAAAAUGAAGUACAAUCCAAGAGUGUCCUCUUCCCGCCGUAAGAGCAGAAAAGCCCAUUUCACUGCGCCAUCAAGCGAGCGCCGGGUGAUAAUGAGCGCGCCGUUAUCCACCGAGUUACGUUCAAAAUACAACGUGAGAUCCAUGCCGGUGAGGAAAGACGAUGAAGUCCAAGUCGUUCGUGGGACCUACAAGGGGCGCGAGGGCAAAGUCGUCCAAGUGUACCGUAAGAAAUGGGUAAUUCACAUUGAACGCAUAACACGUGAGAAGGUUAAUGGAUCUACUGUUAACGUUGGUAUUCACCCUUCUAAGGUUGUUGUUACGAAACUCAGGCUUGACAAGGACAGGAAAUCGCUACUUGAUCGUAAGGCCAAGGGACGCGCUGCUGCUGAUAAGGACAAGGGUACUAAGUUUACUGCUGAGGAUAUCAUGCAGACCGUCGAUUGAUUUUUCAGUCGUAUCUUUCUGUCUGGUAUUGCUAUUUUAGCUAAAGAGAGUUUUUAGUGCUUUUGAGACAUUGAAUUUUGUUGGAGUUUUUGUUUUCAUUUAAAGCAAUGAUGAUGAUACUUCUGAAUCUUAACUAUAUUGGGUUAAUCAAUAUUUUCCAUGAAA